AAUAAUUAAUUAAUAAAAAAGUUAUUAAAAAAUGAAUUUUGUUAAGGGUUACACGUGCAUGAGAAAACACGUGAUCAUUUAUGAAUGGCGAAUAAACAAUAUCAGUUUGUACAUUGAAAAAACUGGCGAUAAUGUUAAGUACAAACUUGAUUUAGAAUCACCAAAUUUUCCGCCAGGUGCUAAUGAAAAAAUAAAAUGGCAUCUGAAACUCAACUCCGAGAAUGAAGAUGCUGAAGACAAGUCUUGGAUCUCGUUAUCUAUACACUAUUCUGCUGCACAAGAAUGGGAAGUGAAAGCUAUGUAUUAUUUGUUUAUCAUAAAUUAUAAGAAUGAACGCGUAAAUGUCACAGAGUUCAGAAAAUGGUUCAGGAAUCGCACUGACAGUUAUACUCAUGCUGAGUUUGUAAAGAAAGAGGACCUGGAAGAAAAGAAACGUGAGCUACUUCCGAAUGAUUCACUGACGAUAGGCAUAGAACUUACGAUCUAUGGUGAUAAUCCCAUGACAUACUCCAACAGCAUCACCCUGAAGGAACCAACUUCGCAUUUUGUUGAAGAUUAUCGGAGACUGUUUGAAACCAAGGAAGGCUGCGACGUUAUUUUAAAGGUUGGAGAUGAGGCUUUUGAAGCUCACAGAACCAUUCUGAUGGCACGCAGCGAAAUGUUUUUCAAGCUGUUUACUCUUGCGACGGAAGAGAAAACUAACACAAGAGAGAUAAUAACGUUGACUGACAUUAAACCUGAAAUAUUCAAAAGCUUUUUGGAGUUCAUCUAUACGGACCAAGUUACCGAAAUUGAUCUUGUUGUUGAAGAGUUGUUGGAAGUCGCUGACAAAUAUCUACUAGAUUCGCUCAAAGAUUUAUGUGCUGAAUCUUUGUUGAAAGUACUAAGAGCCGACAAUGCAAUUCGAGUCCUUUCUUUAGCUGAAAGAUACAAUGUUCCUCAGCUUUCAGAACAUGUUUCCGAAUUUAUUGUUUGCAAUGCUAAGGACGUUAUAAAGACUCCGGAGUUUAAAAGUAUGAAGCAGUCAAACCCUUCUUUAGCGUCGAUUUUAUUCGAGAAAUUUGCGGAUUUGAAAGCUGCUGGAAUUUUUGUAGUUGCUGACUCUGUAAGAGAUGCUGAGUAACUGUGGAUACGCAGGCAGAAGUCGGAG